UUUACUGCGUUGGAGGGAGGGGUACACUUGUUGUUGUACCAUUGAAAGUUGGGGGUGAAAGUGGCGCUAUCGGGGUGCAAAGACGUCGGAUCUCUCAUUCAAAAUAGGUAUUCGAAGAAAUCACCGGUAAGUUGAUGGCUUCAGGAGGCAGUCAGUUUGCUGAGGCAAUAGAUGGGUGAGCCGACAGCGUCACUAAAACGAUGUGCACGCUUCCAUGGGGCAGAAGUCAGCAUGUUGUGAUGGCCAGAUUGCUACAAGAAUGACAAACUGCCAUGUGGGGAAUCAAACCAAGAAGAAGUGGAUGCUCUAGAAGGGAAGCAAAGUCCUCCUCCAGAAACGAAACCAAAUGGGGAAUCUGUUAAAAGUGCUCACUUGCACUGAACUUGAGCAAGGACCAAACUUUUUCCUUGACUUUGAAAAUGCACAGCCCACAGACUGUGAGAGAGAUGUAUGGAACCAGGUGAACGCUGUGCUCCAGGACUCUGAGAGCAUCCUCUCUGGCCUACAGGCCUACAAGGGAGCCGGACAGGAGAUACGAGAGGCCAUUCAGAACCCCAAUGACAUGAUCCUACAGGAGAGGGCCUGGAACUCAGUCUGUCCCUUAGUCAUACGACUCAAACAGUUGUACUGCUUCUCGCUGAGACUAGAGAGGGCCCUUCAGAGCCUGCUGGAGUCCCUGACAUGCCCCCCGUACACCCCCACCCAGCACCUAGAGAAGGAGCAGGCUCUGGCCAAACAGUUUGCUGAGAUCCUUCACUUUACCCUGCGCUUCGACGAACUCAAGAUGAGAAUUCCUGCCAUCCAGAAUGACUUCAGUUAUUACAGGAGGACCAUCAGCCGGAACAGGAUAAACAACAUGAAUUUGGAUAUAGAGAGAGAGGUCAACAAUGAGAUGGCCAACAGAAUGUCACUGUUCUACGCCGAGGCGACGCCCAUGCUGAAAACCUUAAGCACAGCUACGACAAACUUCGUAACAGAGAACAAGACAUUACCCCUGGAGAACACCACUGACGUUCUUAGUACAAUGGCCAGUGUCUGUAAAGUCAUGCUGGAGACGCCAGACUACACGUGCCGGUUCAACAGUGAGGACACGCUGCUGUUCUGUAUGAGAGUGAUGGUUGGAGUCAUCAUCCUGUACGACCACGUCCAUCCCAACGGAGCCUUCAACAAGUCCUCCAAGAUAGACAUGAAGGGAUGCAUUAAGGUCCUGAAAGAACAGCCAGCAGAUAACGUUGAAGGUCUCCUGAACGCCCUCAAGUUCACCACCAAACACCUGCACGACGAGUCCACUCCAAAAAACAUCCGCUCCAUGCUUCAGUAACGUGUUUCUAUGAAGAGGAUCAAUGUACUGACCUCAAGGAAAGAUGUAUAUGUUUACAUAAUUUAAAAGACUGGAUGUUAAUACCUGUGUAUUUACAUAGUCAUUCCCUGCAACUUACUGAAACGUAUAGAACGUUUACCCUUCGAAAAAUGAAUAGCCUUUUACUGUUAUUAUGUUAACAUACCUUUCAGCCUUACAAACUGAGCUUGGCAAGUAGCAUUUGGAGAAACAAGCACUCUGGUUGGUUCCUGUGACUGAGCCAAGCACUCUGGUUGGUUCCUGUGACUGAGCCAAGCACUCUGGUUGGUUCCUGUGACUGAGCCAAGCACUCUGGUUGGUUCCUGUGACUGAGCCAAGCACUCUGGUUGGUUCCUGUGACUGAGCCAAGCACUCUGGUUGGUUCCUGUGACUGAGCCAAGCACUCUGGUUGGUUCCUGUGACUGAGCCAAGCACUCUGGUUGGUUCCUGUGAGGGAGCGGGCGAAUGAAAAGAGCUUCAUCUGUGGUUUGUGUCAACAAAGAUGAAUUCCAAAUCAACUCCUAGCCUGGGGUGUAUUAAUUAGUCGGAUUCCGUUUGCAAAGGAAACCGUUUACUGCAGCAACUAAACGGAAACAGACUUGGAGGGACCUACCUGCAUGUGUCCAAUAGAAACUCUUGUUUUUGUUGCAAAACGUUUUCCAAUUGAAAUAAACGUUUUCUGUUGCAAAACUUUUGCAAAGGAAUCCAACAUAAUGAAUACACCCCAUGUUCCAAAUCUGUUUGUCCUGUCUCCUGUGAAUGGCAAAGUGAAAGUGUUCAACCCUACUCAAUCCUCUCCUAUCUACAAGAGUGCCUAGGAAGUAGGGGCAAGCUAGGGGCUGGUUUGGAAUUUAGCAGGGGAUGUGUUGAGGGGAAGAAGUGAUGGCUUUCAGAUAACGUGUUCUCAGUAAGUUGGUGGACUUUGUGCCUUGUUGGCAAGAAAAUGACAAAGGCAGUACGUGCCAUAAGAAAUAAACAGAUCAACCAAAUGUUUAUUUUUUACCUGUAUGCCAGGAGGAUUGGGACACAGUGUGAUUUUAGUUCUUUUUUUUUCAUGAGGGGGUUUCUUGUCUGUAUUUGGGACUCUGUAUCUAACAGAAAUCUAUUGUUGAAAAAAGCAGCUUUAAAUCAACUGUCAGGUUAUAUUUAAGUGACACGGAGCGGCAAAAACAAUUCCUUCCACCGCUUGUGAUUUCUACUCCUGUAGUAAGAUGGCAGUCAUUCUCCUUUAUACUGUAAGACCAGUCAGACUGUUGUCCCGUUCUCUACCCCUAUAGACCACCACAGUAUGAGUCAUAAUACCCAUAAAACCUAGCAGUCAAAUAAGGAAAUGGUUCCAAUUGUUUUUCUACCAUUCAUUUUUCAUAGAAGGGAUUUUAGAAACACUUGAAAUAAGGGCUGUCUUUCAUGUAGGCUAACCCUGGUGUGAGUUUUAGAUAAAUGUUACAUUUCUCUAGGACAAAGUGACUUUUAUCAAUAUAUUCGCCUCUAUUUAAUCCCCCUAAAUGAAAUGCUAAUUAGUUGCUAUCAUAAAGAACUACAAAUGCCAUGAUGAGCUGGACUAGACUGCCAAAUUGAGGCAAAGGUAGUUAAUCCAGAGAUUCUUGUCUGUUAGCUAAAUGUAUUUAAUAAAUAAAUUGGCUACAUUUCUUUAAAUUGACAAUUCUGUGAACUGUCUUUUUAAUGUUUUAAAUUGACCGGUGGUGUACAAAUACUUUAAAGUACUACUUAAGUAGUUUUUGGGGUAUCUGUACUUUUUAUAUUUUUGACAACUUUUAAUUUGACUCCACUGCUUUUCUACAGAAAAUAAUGUACUUUUUACACCAUACAUUUUCCCUGACACCCAAAAGUACUCAUUACACUUUGAAUGCUUAGCAGGAUAGACAAUUUGUCCAAUUCACACACUUAUCAAGAAAACAUCCCUGGUCAUCCCUGCUGCCUCUGAUCUGGUGAACUCACUAAACACGAAUAGUUCGUUUGGAAAUUAUGUCUAAGUUUGGAGAGUGCCCCUGGCUGUCCGUUAACAAAAAAAAUAUAUAGAAUUGUGCCGUCUGGUUUACUUAAUAUAAGGAAUUUGAAAUUAUUUUUACUUUGAUACUUAAGUAUAUUUAAAACCAAAUACUUUUAGACUUUUUAAAUAGAGCUGAAUAUAUUGAUAAAAGUCACCUUGUCCAAGAAUGAUUUUCACGGUUAUCAAAAUGCCACACCAGAGUAAGCCUAGACAAAAGACAGCUCUUAUUCUGUUUCUAAUAUCCCCUAUGGGGCAAAAUGAAUGGUGGGAAAACGAUUGGAACCAUUUCCUUGUUUGGCCUCUAGGUUCUAUGGAUGUUAUGACACCUACGCUGUGGGACUCUAUACCUGAAGCGUACACUCGUUCCCUCCCCCAUUUGUUUUGGUGUAUUGAGUACAGGGAGUUCUCACACCUGUCCAUUCCAUGAAGAGGCGUGUACCUUUUAUACACUUUGAGAAGUAGGGUUGGGAAUUGGACUGCGGUGAAAAAUGUAUCCAGUAUACAAAGUGCCAUUCUGAAGAAUAAAGCCUUGUCUCUAUUUUAUUUUUUUCCUUUCAUCCAAAAUACAAAGAUAUUUGUGUCAUCUGAUUUUGUUUGGAUUGACUCUUGAUUAAAUCUGGAGUCUUGAUUCGAUGUUAGGUGAAAUAUAUGUCAGACUGUUGUUAAACCUGUGUAACUUCUGUUUUCUUUUGAGCUGUUCUUUGUGUAGACCAUCGUUUCAUGCUUAUGAACGUUGACCAAAGGGGCAUUAUAGGAGUAUUCUCUAAACUCAUUCAGCUUGUAUACAAUGGCGUAUGUAUGUAUAUUUGAUUUGGUUCAGUGGUCAAUUGAAUUAAUAUAAUUAUUAACUGGAGAACAAUAUUGGAAAGUUGUGUACAAAAAGUCAGAAUUGUGAGUUGCGUCUCUAAUGAAAAUACAUGGUGUUCUAUGAAUUGGAGAAACCGUUGUUUGGUGAUCUGACUUAACAUAUAGGUCAGACAAUCGCAUGUUAGGAUUAAUGACUUGAAGCACACCACAGGAUUUCUGCGGUCUCGCUCCUGUCUGUCCAGACGAACGUGGAAUUUAAGAUGGACUAGCUUUUUGGGUUACCGUACCACCGACUGCUCUGUCUGGACGACCACUAAAGUACCCCCUCAUGUGCAUUUACCAGUAAGCCUAUGAUGUAAUGGGUCUUCUCAAGUACCUCCAUGGGUCCUAGUACCCCCUCAUGUGCAUUUAGCAGUAGGUCUAUGGUGUAAUGGGUCUUCUCAAGUACCCCCAUGGGUCCUAGUACCCCUGGUUGGGAACCACUAGACCAAUAGGCCAUUGUCAUGUUGAGCAGCAUCCAAACAAUUUAUUCUGCUCCUACCAAUUCCAUUUCUGUGUUUACAUAGGGAGCCCAAUUCUGAUCUUUUGCCCAAGUAUUGUCAAAGGAUCUGAUCUGAUUGAUCAAAGAUUCAAUUAGUGAAAAAAAGAUCAGAAUAAGUCUACCUGUCUGAACGCAGCCAAUGAGUGAAAGGGAGUUGGCAUGAUGUGCCAAACAGACUUGACUACUAAAUACUAGCUAAGCUUCUGCAAAUGUAUCCUGUUCACAUUUUCCCUUAUCAGAGAAAGACAAACCUAGGACCAUUUUUAAAAUGGGCUUUUUCACUAGACUAAAGUAGCUUGUGCCUUGACUUGUCGCUAAGUCAGCAAUAUAGACACCAACCUCAGAUAAUUAUGAAUGAAAUAUAUUUAAUUAGACAGUAAAUAAGAUUUACAGUGCUAAUGUGAAAUGAGACAAAUGGCUAUAGAUUUUGAAAUCCAUGCCAAAUCAAAAUACCUAGCUGUAUAUCACCGUAUCUAUUUUGAUACUUCAUACACACUCUCCAUCUGUGUACUCAUCGUAAUAUAAAAUACUGGUAACUAACAUUUGUUGAACGACCAUCAAAUGUCCGCAGUGGAUUUUAACAUUCAUGUUAAUUGUUUAUUUUCUAUAGUUUCUGGUAAUACAUAAUACAUCGACAAUUUAGACAUACUUUUUGUGUGAAGAACAAUUUGUAUAUGCAAUGAAUACUGUACAUGGACAAGACAUUCAGCUAAAUGUACAGUAUGAUAUUGAUACAAAUACUGAGGUUUAAUUCCAAAACCAAUUUCUGUCAAACCUCUGUCAGUAUUGAACUCCAAAAUGCCUUUUUCAACCCAAUAUAUGCUAUUCUGAUUAUGGUGUGUUGAAUGAAUCUUUAUUGAAUAUAAAGGGGGGAAAGGUAACUGACAACUGUUUCAUAGUUUGGAACGCUGGUUCAAUGUUUCUAAAUGGUUUAGCUUUAUAUUGCAUAUUGAAUGGGUGUGUGAACUGAAAAUAAAAUUGGUACAUUUCCUGCA